AUGUCAGUCGCAUCAAGACGUUCUUCGAGUGCCAGCUCUUCCGAGUUCGCUCGUCAACGCGACUUGAACAGAUACUACCAGCCAUGGCUAGAUUCCAAGAAGCUGAAGGCUGUGCCCGUCUACACCGGCCGCGAGCGCACUCGUUGCUCGCACGACACCACCCUAACUGCGCUUGCGCAGCUCGCCGCACUCAGACUAAACGUCAAGCGUGCCAUGAUUUCGCUCAUUGAGACCAAUACUCAGAUCAUUCUGGCCGAAGCCACGCAAACACUUUCGCUGGUUGAUGAAACGCGGCAUGAUCCUGGCGACCAUAUCUGGCUUGGCAAUGUCUCGCUCCCUCGCCGAGACUGCAUGGACGAGCACGCUUUGAAGGGCACCACCACCUGCAGGGACGCCAACGGCCGCGACGUGGAUCUUGCUGCUUUUGUCGUCAAGGAUACUUUCGAAGACGACCGCUUCAAGCACCGUGCAUAUGUAACCGCCGAAAGAGGUGUGAGAUUCUAUGCCGGCGUGCCCAUUGUCACAAAACAGGGUCAUUCUAUCGGCGUCUACGGCGUCUCCGAUACCAAACCACGACCUCAAGGUCUCACGGUGGAUGAAAUCCUAUUCAUGCAAGAUGUAGCCCACAUAGUUGCGGAACAUCUCGAUAGGGUCGUCGAUACAAUGGGCCGCGUUUCGGAGAGAGACCUCAUGAAUGGCAUCACUUAUUUUCUGGAGGACCUCUCUGAAUUCAAGUACAAAUUGAGCAAUACCGAAACGUACACCACGACGCCGGAAAGCCGCUACAAAACGACCGAUGUGCAAGCGACUGAUCCUCAAAGCACGCCUUCAAGAGGACGUGGAAGCCAAAACCACAAGCCUCGUAGCAAAGAUGACCCGAAGCAGUCAGAGAACAACAUCCGAAGGAUAUUCACUCAGGCCUCCCAGUUACUACGCGAACAAGCUAAAGCGACCGGCUGUGUCUUCGUCGAUGUGGUAUCUGGUAUUUUUUCCGGUCCGUCGGAUCAGGGGAGUUCUCCACCCGGUAAUACUGACCCCGAUACAAACUCCGAAUUCGUCGCAACUGAUGACGAGGAUUACGAUAUGGAUAUAGCUCGGUCCGCCGAAAGUCGAUCAAGGGGUACUAAAGCGGAUGUCGACGACAAACUCACCGGCAUGGCUGAGAUCCUAAGCACUGCUCUCGCAUACGAGGAACACAAUGCAUUUAGCCAAGGGAUAGUGAGACGGAAAAACCUAAAGAAGUGCAUUUUGAAAUAUCCAUUUGGAAAAUGCUUCUACUUGAAUAAAGGUCGUGUUGUCGCAGACCAAAAAUUACAACUCAACGAGGAUUAUGCCGGAGAAGCUGUGUACGAGGCUAUGCCGAGUGUGCUCAAGGGCCAGCGCACGCUGCUGCCACCGGAGGUCCUCGAAAGUAUACCUGACGCCAAGUGGCUAAUAUUUUUGCCGCUUUUCAAUUACGCCCACAGCCAAUGGUUUGCCGCUGGCUUCAUCUGGGGUGAUGACUUCAAAAUGGGUGAUCCUGAUGAAGCUUUGCCAUAUUUCAAGACUUUUGGGUCUUGUAUGAUGAGCGAAGUUGCGAGCAUGGAAGUGUUAAACACAAACAUAGCAAAAUCCACUUUCAUUGCUUCGAUAUCCCACGAUUUGCGCUCUCCUCUUCAUGGUAUGCUUGGCAGUCUGGAAUUCUUAGAAGAUACAAUGACUUCGGCAUAUCAGAUGAGCUUGGUUGGCUCCAUGGAAACCUGUGGAAAGACUCUGCUGGACACAAUAGACCAUCUUCUGGACUAUGCGAAGAUCAAUAACUUGAAUCGGGCGAGCACAGCUCUUGAACCUACCAUGGGAAAGAAGCUCGUAGGAGAUCGUGGUCUUGUUAGGCUUGCGAGCCAGGAGAACUUAAACUCUACAGCAUUCGACUUCUCACUUCUUCUAGAGGAGGUAGUUGAAGCAGUGUUCGCUGGUCAGACCUUUCGAAAGAUGAACCUUCGGCACUACGAUCCCGUUGAUGAUGCAAGUGCAGCAAUCAAGGCUAUGGCUCUCGAUGAUUCACCGGCUGAGGAGCAGAUUCACUCGGGUAGCGCGAAGUUUUCCGGCAAGGUUCAGUUGACAAUCAACAUCGAGAAAUCUCCGUUCUGGAACGUGCGGGGCCAUACCGGCGCCCUUCGUCGCGCCAUCAUGAACGUAGUGGGCAACGCGAUCAAGUAUUGCAAAUGUGGAUCCAUCGAAAUCUUUGCUAAAGUGCACAAGAUAAGCUCGUCUGAUGUCGAGGUUAAGUUUGCUGUGAAAGAUACGGGUAUCGGCAUGUCUGAGGAUUUCAUGGCCAACCGCCUAUUCAAGGCCUUCGCCCAGGAGGACUCUUUCACUCCAGGUACUGGCCUGGGUCUUUCAAUUACAUCCCAGAUUGUGGACAAUCUUGGGGGUAAGAUCAAUAUUCACAGCGAGAAAGGUGUUGGUACACACGUUCACAUUUCUAUACCUAUGAAGGCUGCUUCUUCGGGAAUAUCCGCUGACAAUCAUGAUGACAUAUUAAAUGAAGUACAUUUGGCUACGUCAGGCAAGAAAGUCUGCAUGCUUAACCCAACCGCUGAUGAUGCGGGAGAUAGCAAAGAGCAACGACCAUCAAAGCUGGAGUCGUCUGUGAUGAACAUCUGCGAGAAAUGGUUCGACAUGAAUUGUGUCAGAAGCCGGAAUGUCAGCAAUGCUCCGGACACAAGCGUCUACAUUUAUGCCGAGCCGCCUCCCAUCGAGUAUCUCGUGAGCCAGCACCGUGAGCGAAUCGCGGCGGGCCACGGGACGAGGGAGGCUGCAUUACUCAUUAUAUGUACGAACGCUUUCGAAGCAGCGGCGCUUCGUGCGGCUGGAAUCGAUCACCUGAUCUCGCUUGGACGAAUUAUCGAGGUCGUCAGCCAGCCCGCGGGCUUGCGCAAAUUGGCCAAAGCCAUGGUGCGAUGCAUCAAGCGAGUACAGGAUAGUGGAUCAGAUGGAGAUGAAGCCGAUGCAUCGGACCUAUCAUCAUCGACAUUUUCAACUGGCAACAGCAAACAGCGUGCUGCUGGGGUGAAGUUAAACACUUCGUCAGUCGUGUACGACAAAGUAGCGGUGCGGUAUCGACCUUCACCAGGCUUCGCAUUGGAGCCGGGAGCUACUACCAGUCCAACCAAGUCCGUCGUGGUACAUCAGCAGGAAGAGCCUUCUCGACAAGACGCACUGUCACCACCACGCGUCCUCCUCGUUGACGACAAUGCGAUCAAUCUCAAACUCCUUGUAACAUUCAUGAAAAAGAUUCAACUGCCAUAUGCCGAAGCUUCCAAUGGUCUGGAGGCUUUCACCAAGUACAAGGAAGCUGACAGCCCUUUUGAGUACAUUUUGAUGGACCUACAAAUGCCUAUCAUGGAUGGCUUCGAGGCUACGAAGAAGAUACGGGAGUAUGAACAAGAGCAGGGUAUCUCUAAAGCAUCGACCAUCAUUGCGAUCACGGGUGUGGGCAGUGAGAAUGCAUGUAAGGAGGCUGGUGAGGUUGGCAUGUCCAGAUUUCUAACGAAACCGGUCAAGUUUAAAGAGUUAAAGCAGCUUCUUAUUUCACGAUAA